UGAUAGGAUCAAGAAAUCGAUGAGUCACUAUAAUGAAUUAUCAGUUGUCCAUUCUCUGGGAUGCCUGACCUGAGGCAGCCGUUACCUGUCCAUCCAUACAGGUAAAAUGACUGUUAGGGACACGCCAUUGUUGUAGAAAGCUGUAAUUGCUGGUUGGUCUCAUUGCUUAGUAAUUGAUUUUUGUCAGCUUUGUUGGUCUUGUUAGCAGCUUGUCCAACUGUCAUGGAAUCUUGACCUAUGAUGGAGAUGUUUAUCGACCUUGUGGACAUCCUUUGUGGACCAGCUAGUGUUGAUGUAGGAUUAAUGGUAGUCCUAGGACGAGUGAAAUAACUCAGGAGUUUUAUAUCAUCACACCAUCAAUGCUCAGAAAGUGGAUACUUAUGCAAAGAUUCACGAAGACUCCAUAACACCUUUUGACUGUACCAUGUGAUCAUCUGGGUGUAAUACAUGUGUGAUUGUGGGAGAGGAUUGGUACCUAAUCAGGUGUCUGGGAGAAGAUUUGUACCUGGUCAGGUGUCUGGGAGAAGAUUUGUACCUGGUCAGGUGUCUGGGAGAAGAUUUGUACCUGGUCAGGUGUCUGGGAGAAGAUUUGUACCUGGUCAGGUGUCUGGGAGAAGAUUUGUACCUGGUCAGGUGUCUGGGAGAAGACCGAUGUCUGUAUUGGUGACAGAGUUAGAUCAGAUGGUGGGAAGUCCUGGCAGGGGAAUCAUUAAGCUGUCAAUCUGCCUGAGGACGGAUCUAAAGCGAGUACAUCCGAUUGAAGGAGAUAUUUGUCCGAGGAUCGAUGGUGUUCUCACCUGUGGAGAGCCGACAAUCUACAGACUUGGGCUAAGAAGAAAGUUUUAAAUCUACCAUCCCGAUAAAGACUCUCCAAUCAGAUGGUCGUUUACCGUGGAACAAUACAGAGUUAUAACAGGCCACUAUCACCUUACCAACAGGUUGGAUUGUUUAACCAUAUACCGUCUUCAUACAAGGCGAUUCAGAGAUAUCCAUCGCAAAGUUUCAUCUUCUCAAUUCUUGUUGUAACUGAGCGUUUCUAUUGGAACACAUUCACUGCGGGCAGUGUGACUACAAAAGGGCAUGAAAGAUUUAUUGACUGACUAUAAUGCUGUUCUGAACAAGCAUGACUGCACACAAUUUGUGAUGAAAACUUUACCAUACAUUAUUUAUACAAUGUAAAAAUCGUCCACACCAUGUAAACUGGCUCACCCUGGAAUUCUUUUGUGAAGGGCUUGAAGUACCCCAACACAGGAUAGCCCCUUAAGGGAAACCUAACCCAUCAGGGUUGUAGGAGGACAGAUAGGCUUGCAGGGGGACAUAUUUGUGCAUUGUGCUUUUCCUCCAUUUCUCCUGUAGGGCCGGUAGUGUUACCAAGGGUUGAGACCGAAAGGGCUGCAUUCCUGACUGGCGCUCAGAUAUCAUGGAUACCUAUAAUGACUGUGAGCAUGGACACAUCAAACCGAUUAUACUUAUCUUGCGUGGAUAUAUGCUAUUGGGAUAGAACUGUCCUGUGAAGUUUUCGAAGUAAGAGGUGUAUUUGAUGACUGUGUUAGUCAUCUUUGAUGUGUUAUCCUAUCUAUGUAACGAGACACUAAUUGACUAUUUGAUACAUAGUUGACAGGUUCGAGACUUUACCUGAAAUCUGCCAUUAAACUGGAUGUGUUAUCAGCAGUGAUAAUUGUUAUGAUGAUGGGUUAAUGUGAUUCAUCGCCAUACAGUUGGAGAAACAACACAGAACAUGGGGUGUCCAUGUUUACCCGUGUGCUUUAGCAUUUACAUUAUAAUAUCAUUAUUACUUCACGUUGGUGAAGUGGUAUUGAAUACAUUUUUCGUGGUGUAUCUGUUUCCCUCCCUGGAAACAUGGUUCACAGUGGUCCUCGGACUGAUGAUGUUGCCGAUGGUGCUGGUUCAGCUUGUUUCUGCACUGCUUCUCCUCCAGAAGCGCGGUGAACACCUGACUGCUGGCAGGCCUUUCUCUACUGCUAUCAUUCACAUCCUCCAGCUCGGUUUUGUCUGGAGACAUCUCCGGAUCAUCAAGGAAACUGAAGUCCUAUGGAAAAAGAGGGACCUGGCAGAUCUGCUAUUGCUGAGACUGUUUUAUGCGUUUUCAGCGAGUUUACCUAUCCUUGGAGUCCAGGCCUAUUUCAUCAUCUUCAAAGGAGUUGAGGAUACGAUCAUCAUAUGUGCUGCAACAGUUACACUAUUUUCGACAUGUUGGGUUCUAAGUAGCUUUAGACGUCGCAACGAAACUGAGGAUAUUGAGAACAUAGUACUUUCGUGUCCUGGUACAAUAUUUCGGUUGCUAUGGAGACUGGGAGAACUUGUUUCGCGUGUGUUAUCCCUGGCUGUGUUUGCCUCUGUCUACCAUUACUGGGUAUUCGUGGUGACAGGAUUACACUGGCUCACAAUGCUAGUGUGUAUCUGUACAUCCUUUCUUGCCGUACUUGAGAUUAAGGCGGCCAACCGUUGCUACAAGUUUUUCCUUUGCAUGCUGAUAUCCUAUAUGUAUGUGUUCUGCCAUGUCAACUUCAGCAGCAAUGGCGCCCAGUUCCGUUAUAUAACUUAUUACGUGAUUAUGUUCCUUGAGAAUGGAGUUCUGACAACUGUGUGGUACUUCAGCGUCCAAGGAUUAGUGGAUAAGUUCAAAGUCUACACUCUACUCUUUAUUAUCUGUAGUGCUUUCCUCAUAUCUAUCAUAUCCAUGAUGAUUUAUUAUAAGCUUUUCCACAUUCCGAUGUCGGAUAUAUCAAAAGAGAACCGUUCAAAUUUGUGUGUACAGGAUGGAUGUAUAAAUUGUAAGCUCAGUCUCUGUGUCAAACACAGCAAGAUGUUACAACGACCUUUUAGUGCUGGGUGGAUCUCCCAGUACCAGGAGGCACUCCUCAACGGGGAUUACUACAAAAACCUCCUCCAAGACUCGUUCAUUGACUCAGAAAAUGAGUGUAAAUCUACAACAACUGAGUCUUGUUCUGGCAAGGAAGAACAGACUGAUAACAAGGAGGAUGAUGUGAGUCCAUUUACGAGAAAGACAUUAAGUUUUCAGUCUAACGGUACAUACAGUCACCGUCGAUUUAUCAGAACUGACGUUCAGACUUUGGCAGCUCCAAAAGACCAUUAUGACUCUGAAAGCAUGUUGUCUUAUAUAGCGCCAACUGUACCUACAGGGUCAAGUGCUGGUGGUGACUCGUCAGAUGAAAGUGACAUUUCUGUACCCCUUCCUCAGCUCCAAGGUAGUCCUGCCAAUAGUGAGACUCGCUUACUUACUGACAGUUGGGACAAUCUACAACAAGACAAUUUGGGAUUUGAUCCAAGUACAAAGAAAAUGUUGCCAGGGUUCCGACCCAUCCCUGCCCAGAAUUUGGAAGAUUGGUACUCAGACGGUUACAGUACAGACCACACAGAAUCAGUGUACCAGCUCCCCAUUACAGUUCUUGCCAAAAUGAAAAGUAGCAGAUCAAAGUGUAGAGAUCGUACUUCUUUAGCCUCAGACUCAACUGAGUGCACCAUGUGUAGAAACAUGAAAUCCUACAAACUUAUCCGUAAAUAUUCUCGGGCAUCCAGUGUAUUGUCAAAGGAGGACGUUAUUGAGGAGGAACGCGAGGUUGAUAAAGAUAAACAGCCUAUCCUCAGUGAACCAGUGUACUUAUAUUCACAGAAAAAAGACAUCAGGGCUCUGAUACAGGACCCCAGACGUUUUACAGAGCCGGACCCGGUAUAUACCGACUCAUCGAGGGGUCAGGCAUGGUACAACUGUAGUGAGUCAGGAGACAGUGCAUUCCCACAGGAGUACUUCAGUUCUAGUAACUUUGAAACAACUUUCGAUGAGGAUGAGGAUGGUAUUAGUGAAUCCAGUUAUGAACUCAUAAUAUAGCUUUGUUAAUAGAUUUUUUAUCAUUUAGACAAUUUUAAACAAAAUGUCCCAUUUCCAAUCAUCGUUGAAAACCAAAGGGCACCAUUUAUUGUGUACAGGUUUAUGUGUGGUAUGUAUGAUGUACUUCACAUUUAUAUAUUUUUACUCACAAAAAUCAACGUCAGACAAUAUACUAGAAUUGUUCACUCACUAAUCCCCAACAACUAGAAAUGAUCAUAAUCCUUAUCAUAGUAUGUGUGCUACCCGAGAUAUAUUUACUGUGGGUUAAGUUACAGUUUUCAUAUUAGACAUUAAAUAGUGGAAGUUUACACACAGUAUUGUAAGCUGUGUAGGGCUCAUUGUUAGUAUUUCACUGAAAGUAAAUAAAACACUGGGGUAAUGGGACAUUUCAUUUUGUAAGUAAAUUUUCUUGUUAGAAUAUUUGACAAAUUGUUUCAUAGGGAACAUGUUCACAUACCAGUGUGGACAGCUACAGAUUAUAGAUCUAGUAGAACAAAUUUGAGCUCAUCGUUUUGUAAAUCUUGCCACAGUAGAACUUAGUGUAGAAUGGAAACAAAGAAAUUGAUAUAAUCAGGCAGCUUAUAGUCGUGUAAUUGACAUGGAGUACAACAUAUUCUACUUUCCAUUUAUAUUUUUUUUAAGCAUAUUUGUGAGAAUUUCAAGGUAACUUUUGAUAAAUUGUGGAUUUCAUAUUAAAAUUGACAAAUAACCAGUAAGGUUAGUUCCAUUAUAGUUUGUGAAUCCCCUCAGAACUUCCUAUAAUAUGCUAAAGGUGGGUAAUUUCAAAGGUUUUUUUUCUCACUUUUUGAGGAUAUAAUAAACUGAAACAUCUAGACACCAUUAAGACAAAAAGAAGGUAAAAACUUAAUAACCACUGAUAAAAAAAACCAGUAUUGGGUUGUGUGUAUUUUUACAUUUUAACUGUACCUUAUGUUAUACAGUGAGAUCACUAACACACUGUUAAAAAGAUUACAGAUCACAUAAAUUGUGGCCCGAACAUUUGUCAACCUAAUGUGUAUGUACCAGGUACUCUGUCCAUAUAUAUACACCAUGUGUACAGCAAAAUCUACAUUAAUGUCUCCAUCUCAAACAGGCCUAUUGUGUGUGCCAAAAAACAUUUAAAAUCAUUAUUCACAAAAAAAUUCAAUGGUUCUAUUUAUUCUAAAUUCAGAAGAAAUAUCCGCUUUUUUCACAACUGAAGCAUCUGGGCUUUCCUUUCAUUGGAUUAUGUGGAAUGUUGUUUUUUACGCUGUCUUUGUUCACAUCUCAAGAUUCGCCUCUGGGUUUAGAAUGCUGUUAAAUUCUCGUGUCAAUAUGCCACCUUCUAUCUUUUCAAAGUUUAGUUGCCGAGAUAUUUGACAACAGUUUCCUUCUUUGUUGGGUUUAUGGGUCAAACCCUGUUCCCUAUUGAUCUGUACAAACUAAGGGUAUAUGGAAACCAUAGAAUACAAAUUACAUGGCAAUUUAAGUGCUAAUAAUUACUUUUUUGUCUCUUUGUCUUUUUCUAACUCAUUUUAUUUAAAAGAACUAGACCUGCUCUAUAGAAGAAAAAUCCCCCAAAGAUCUUAUUGUUCAAGAACAGUACAUUAAUAACAUACAAAUUUGAGUUUCUUUUCUGCGUUAUAUGUUUGUCCUUGGGGAUGUUCCAAUUGACUAUUUUAAACAUUCUAAGGGAGAAACUUCUUAUAAACAACAUGAUAAUAAUGUUUCUAACAUACAUCCAACAGUACCAAACUCAUCUCUCCUCUAUUUCGUGUAAAAUUGAUAUCAGUUACCAUUGGUGAUGUUACUCUUGUGUUCUGUAUAAAAGUGCAAUAUUUAUGUCCUUGUGUGAUAUACAUGGUUUAUAAUUAUAUAAGGAGAUUGUACAUACGGUAUGUUCCAAUUACAAGUUUAUGUUAUUAAUCUGAAGAUAUAUAUACUUGUAAAAAAUGAUGAACUCGUUUUUAAUUUUAUGUGUUAUGCUGACAUAAAUUAUUCUUACUUGUAUAAUACUGACAAAUCUGUGAGCUAGCUAGGGUAGAGUUUUAAACACACUCAGUAUUCCUUAGUGACCCAGAUCCCUAGCUGUAAUAUUUUAUGCCCACUGGGAAACCCAUGUACAUAGAUAUUAUCCAUAUAUCCCAGAUUUGUCUUAAACUAUUAUUUACAAUUUAUAUUAUCAAAAACAAAUGGCAAACUUGUCAUAAUAUUAUAAUAGAAAUCCACACAUAUCAUAUUCUAUAUAGAAUUUCCAUCAAAUUACAUAGUUACAGAUCUUAUAGAUAAAUGCGAUGAUCUUACAGAUAAAUGCGAUAUUAUUUCCUCUUUAUCUACCUCAGAUUCCGAUACCCUUGUUCCUGCUUCGUAUAAUACAGGAUAGUAUUCUGUGUGGGCUUUUUGUUAGUGUAUAUAAUGGCAAUAAUUAAUUCUGCUUGACCUCUGUUUAAACUAAGGUCAAGCACAAAUGUUGAUGGUAUUAAAAUGGUAUUUAAGUGAUACAGACCAGCAUCGAUAUUGAAAUUACAAGAAAAUUAUUUCCCAUGGACUUGUUAAAUUUUGAUAAGAAAAUGAAGUGCAGUAUAUAUUUUGUUAUAUAUUUGUUCAUUUCCAUAUUAUUAUAAUAAACAAAUACAAUCAAU